AACGUGUGGCAUGUUUGAGGUGUAUCCAACAAAGACGUAAUAAACCCGAAUCAGAACGUAUGCAAUUCAAACGAAGAUUAUAUUCUGGUUCUAUGGCCUUGCUCUUUAAUUUUUGUCCUUGUCCGCCCAUAUUUUGAUAUUUGACUCCACGAUCAACAUCCUGCAAAUUGCACCAGCCUUGGAUUUGCUGACGUGUCGGCUUCAUCUGCUCAUGCUCGAGCAGAACCAGACAGCCCAACUGCCGACAUGGCUGUAAAUGUAUCUCAUGUAUACGUUUUACUUUUAUUUAUAAAUAAUUUCAUAUCCAAUGCCGCCACCGAUAGGAGAUUCUCCGACUUCAAACGAUGUGCCGACGAGGAAUGCAGUAUGCUCCUGUGCCGGGGGAAAGCAUCAAGUGAUUUCACUGGACCAGACUGUCGGUUCCUGUCUUUUAAAAAAGGAGAGACGGUAUAUGUCUACUAUAAACUCUCAGGCAGAAGGACAGAUAUAUGGGCGGGGUCUGUUGGUAACCGCUUUGGUUACUUCCAUAAAGACCAACUCGCAAUCAAUCACAUAUACACCGAAAAAGAAUUGGAGAUUCCUGCUCAGGAAACCGACUUUGUUUGUUUCGACACCGGACACGAUAAGUUUGACAGUUAUGACAUUGAGUCACUGUUAGUCUCCUCCUUAUUGUUAACGGACCAAGACAAGUCUGUACAAGGAACCACAGAGACUUUAGACCAAAACAAAAGUGCAGAGAGCACCACAGUGGAAGUGGAUGUUCCUCCACCUGAAGUGACUCUGUUAGAAAACGAUGAGAUUGAUAGGGAUGUUCCUGAGGACAUUGAUAAGGUUUUAGAGGAGUUUCCAGAGGAUAAAGAUCCAGGCCAUUUUGAUCCUUUAGAGUCCUCUCUACCUCAGCCUGAAACUGUAAUUGAAACUCUUGAUGCAAAAGGAGUUGAAUCUAACACAGUAGUCGAGCCCACAGCUGAGAGGAUCAAAGAUGACCUUCAGAAAUAUCAGCUGAGGGCCGAGGACUCUGUGCCGGACAGUGUUGUUGAACCAGAGCAAGGUGAGACUAAAGAAAGCCUUUCAGAACCUCUAUCCAAAUAUGAUCCUGAGUUGGAGAAUGCGCCAGAUGGUUUUUCAGAAGGCAGACCUGUCCCUGAGUUGAAAACUACACUUGGAACAACUUUUGAUGCUGUCACCUCCGAUGACGAGGAAACUAGGAAGGUGACUCCAUAUGACGAGGAGGACGAGGGAAGUGAAGAGUUUGAAUAUCAGCAGGAUGAGAAGAGUGAUUAUCAUCUUAGGGAAACUCCAUUGCUGGCUUUUUCUGAAGAACAUUCUAAUUUAGAACACGAAGACAUUCCGGAAUCUGAUCAGACAGAUGAGGAAGAGAGUCCACCAGAGACAGCUGAAAAACAGGAUUCCAAGGACAAGAACCGGUGGUCUUCAUUAGGUGAUACAGAUUUUAACAUUGUCAGUGGUGGGGAAAGAACAGCUCAUGUUACAGGUUCAGAGGAAGAGGACGACGAGGAUGACGAAGGUGAGAUUGCACCAGAGGAGCCUCCCAAAAUUGAAGAACCCAAGGAGAAUAUACAGCUGCUAGUCAACGACCCAAAGCAGAAGCCAGAGAUAACAGAACAGCCACAUGAGGUCAUCUUUGAGGAACCUGUAGUUUCUCAUUUCCUCGAGGAGGCUGUCAAAAUGCCUGAUGUGGAUUCCCAGACUUUGCUGUUUGAGGAUGAACCUGAAGGUGACAUUGAACCUUUAAUACCACCUGCUGAUGAGGUGAUUCCUUUUGAACAUACUGAGGCUUUAGCAGAGAAUCUUACAGUAAAUGAAAGCCCCGUCCCUAAACACAUCUCACAGACAGAACUGCUCUCAGACUUUGAUAGUAAUACUAUCGACUCAGAACAGACGCAAGCUGUUGAAGAACUCCCCAUACAAAAAGAACCCAAGGAGAAUAUACAGCUGCUAGCCAACGACCCAAAGCAGGAGCCAGAGGUAACAGAACAGCCACAUGAGGUCAUCUUUGAGGAACCUAUAGACUCUGAUUUCCAUGAGGCUGUCAAAAUGCCUGAUAUGGAUUCCCAGACUUUGCAGUUGGAGGAUGAACCUGAAGAAGGUGACAUUGAACCUUCAAUACCGCCUGCUGAUGAGGUGAUUCCUUUUGAACAUACUGAGGAGGCUUUAGCAGAGAAUCUUACAGUAAAUGAAAGCACAGUCCCUAAACACGUCUCACAGACAGAACUGCUCUCAGACUUUGAUAGUAAAACUAACGUAUCAGAGCAGAAGCAAGCUAUUGAACUCCCUAUACAAAAAGAGUCAAGAGAUUUCUCACAAGUAGAGAAUAAAUUGAAACCGGGUGGUAGAGAGCUUUUCAGACGAUUUAGAGGACCUAACAUCCCAGAUCCAACUAAAAACACAAUGUUUAAAGAGAGGCAUGAAGAACUCCCUGUAGACAAGGAGGAUUUGAUAGACCCAGAGAACCUGGAGAUUGAAGAAGAAUUGCUAGAGGAUGAAAAUGCAGCAUUGUCUUCUUCAUCCAAAACCGAGCACACUGAUAAGGACAAAGAAAGUAGAUCGGAAUUUGGGUCAGAGCAAUCCAAUAAUGCUACAGAAACCGAGGUUGUAUCUAGUGAUGAGUUGGAUGUUGUCCAAAUUGAGGAGGCUAUUGACAUAGAACCUGAGGAGCAUGAUAUAGAAGAUUCAGAAAGCGCAGGCUUGGAUCAAACACAUACACCCUCACUUGAAGACAAAGUUCCGGAUCCCAUUUCAGGCCAAGAGCCAGAAUACAGUGAUAAUGUGUUGAGGCUGACGCUACUGCGCUACCACUUCAAGAAAGAGGAUAUGGAGCGCUUCCAGAAGAUUCUGGGUCUUCAGAACCUCUUCAGGGUGGAGUUAUUGUUCUCUGACCUGGAGCAGGAGCUGAAUGCUGCUCUGAUGUCACAGACAAACACCAGUGAGGACAUUGAAAAGGUGCUGGAGGCCAUUUUGGAGGCCUCUGAGACCCCAAUCCUGGAUGAGAUUGAGAGGAUGCUGGAUGCCUGGGAGAAUGCUGACGGACAGCAGGAGACUGAUGAGUUUGAUGAGGAAGCCACCAUCUUGGACAACUUCCAAGAGUUGGCGUUCACCCUGCAUCAGAAGUACUCAACGACCAGCGACAGUGCUCCCUUGGAAGAGGGCAGUCAACUACACCCUGACACCGAUGGGGACGUGUCUGAUGCAGAGGAAGAAAAGACGUUCCCGCACUCUGUGGGGGACAUAAACGAGGACAACCUCACUGUGACGGAGACGAGUGAAGAGACUAAGGCACCUGAGGAGAAGCCGGACCAUGAAGGCCACAACAGACCAGAUCUGGAUAUGGGUCUUGAGGAGGAUGUGGGGCAUUUUAACAGAAACCAAGACAAUCAGCCAGAAGAAAUCCAGAGGGGCCCUCAAGCUAUUUUGGAAAAUACCUUGGACAUGGGACUUGUUGACAUGGAGCACCCUUCCUCAGGCUCUUUGGAGUCGCCUCCUGUUUCUGAUUUCCAGGAAGAGGAGCAGAAUGGUUCAUCAUUUGUAUCGGUGUUAAUUUUCUCUGGUAGUCUAGUCACCCUGGUUUAUGAGUACCUUGGAAUAUAUGCUGUUAUGAUGGUCACCUGCCUGCCAGAGGAAUGGAAGCCAGGUCCGGACUUUUACGGCGUGUCCUGGGAACCCGUCCUGGCCACUGCAGGCGCCGGGGUCAUCGGCUUCCUCUUCCUCUUCUGGAAGAGCGUUCUAUCUGUCAAAAGGAAGUCCUAUCUAACUACUGAAAAAGAGAUGGCAGACAGGAUGAAAGCAUUUGAACAAGAGAAGGAGGAGAUACUCCUAAAGGUUGCUGAACUGAAACAACAGGGUGAAGAACUCAAAGUAAAGAAAAAGCUGUCUGAGAAAUCUGCUACCUCAUCUCUGGAAAAGAUCCAAGAAUUAAAAAGUCUUGUGCAAGAGAUGGAGAGACAAAAUGAGUGCCUAGAUGAGGAAAAAAACUUGCUCGCCAGAUCCUUUGACGAAGAGCGGACAAAGACGGCGAAACAUCAAGAUAUGAUGUCAGAAAUGGACAAAACUAUUGAGAAGUUGAAGCGGAGCAGAAAGAAGACUCAGGAGGCUCUCUCAAAGGCUACCGUUCUGAUGGAUGAAGCCAAGCUCCGCGAAGAUGCACGGAACGUCCAGCACCAGGUUCUGGAGAAGGAUAUCGCCACCCUGAGAGAGGAGAACAUCUCGCUGCACCACGCUGCCAAUUCAUGGGAGGAGAAGCACAGGGAGUUGAGCGAGCAGAUCAAAGUCUACCAGAAGUCCCAGAAAGACCUGGAGGACUCCCUUGCUCAGAAGGACCACAACGUUGAGGUUUUGUCUGACCUCCUGAGAGACCUCGAGGCCUGCGACGACCUGAAAGGAGGCGUCGUGGCUAACGGGGAAGCCGCUAACGACAAGCAGACCGUCAUCCGAAACCGCAUUAAGCAAAUGAUGGAUGUCACUCGGGUCCAGACCACUCUGUCUGUCGUGGAGGAAGAACGCGAUCGCUUCAUGACCAAGCUGCUGAACGAAGAGAAAGCCAGGAAAGAGCUGGAAGAACAAUACCAGAAGCUGGAGCAUGACAUCUUGUUGGUGAAAAGUGAUAAGAACCACCUGGAGAACCAGUACAAGACCCUGCAGCAGAAGAACGAGAUCAUCACAGAGAUGUACCAGCAGAAGGAGAACGCCUUGCAGCAGAAGCUAACCAAGGAGGAGUUUGAGCGUCGCAACAACGAGGACAGGCUGACUGAGGUCGACGGCAAAGCCCUAGAGGCCGAGGAGGAGGUCAAGGUGUGCAGGCAGCGUAUCAAGGAGAUCCAGGAUGAGCUGAAACAGACUGAAAAGUCCUACAAAGCCCAGAUCAUUGAGCAGGAGCAGAAAUCCCAUGAGAACUGGGUUAUUGCACGCGCCGCAGAGCGAGCUCUGUUGGACGAGAAAAAGGAAUCAACUAACCUCCGUAUCAAACUGACGGAGAUGUCCAGCAAGCUGAAUGAGCUCCGUAGGCCUCUAUUCAAACCCACCCCUGGGAUGGCUCCCAUGCCUCUCCGACGAGGUGACUCGUACGGGCCCUCGCCCGUGAGCGGAGGUGCCCCGUCCCCCCCUCUCAUGAUGGAGGGUCCUGGGCGACCCCCCUCUGCCCCUGUGGGGAGAAGGAACGAGCCCUACGGACCGCGACCUCCAUCUGACCCUCACGGUCGUUACCCCCCUGACCACAAACACCCAGUGGCUGCUAGACCUGACACCAUUGCACCACGUACAUCCUCUCCAAGCAGUCUGGAAAGCUCGAACUCAGGACCUCGGGGCCCUGGCUCCCUCCUGGUCUCUCCUAUCAGCUCCCCCCCCGACUCAGGCCCCGGCCCCCUCAGACCAGUUAUCAGCCAUCCCUCCGGACUCUGCUACCGUCCUCCUCCUGGGCCCCACCACAUCCCUCCUCCCCCACCCUUCAUGCCUCCCAUGUACCGACCAGCCAACGGACCUAACGGACAGCCAGGCAUGAUGCCUCCCGGACCCCCACCACCUAAUGGACACCCACCUGGUCCCAUGAUGCCACCCGGACAGCGGCCUCCACCUCCUGGUGCCUACGGCCCCCCACACCACCGGGGCCCUCCUCCACCUCACUAUGGACCAGUGCCUCCCCCAUUCGGUGUUCGCGGCGGCCCCCCUAUGGCCCGACCCAUGGGACCACCACGUCCCUACAUGCACUACGGACCACGUGAUCACUCCAUCCCACCCCAGCACCUGCCCCCAGGAGCGGCCCCAUACCCUCCUCACGGCGGCCCCAGAGACUUCCCCGGGCAGCCCCCCAUGCAGCAGGCCCCCCAUGGGCAUGACUCUUCUGUGGGUCCCCAGGGGCAAGACUACAGCUCCCAGCAGGCAGCAGCUACCACCCAGCCCCAGGACUCAGUCAGCUCCUCCAUGGUAGAGCCUUAGACACCCACCAACUAUGUCAGAGGGCUUGGAUACCACCUGCUACCAUUAACAAACCCAGCUAUGUCUAAUCAACCACGAUUUCUCUUUAUUUUUCCCUUUUCCUUUAGAUUUAAUUUGGAUAGAUAUAUAUUAGUGCCAGUCAAAAGUUUGGACACCUACUCAUUCAAGGGUUUCUUUAUUUUUACUAUUUUCUACAUUGUAGAAUAGUAAAUACAUCAAAACAAUGAAAUAUCACAUAUGGAAUCAAGUAGUAACCAAUAAAGUGUAAAACAAAUCAAAAUAUAUUUUAGAUUCUUCAAAGUAGACACCCGUUGCCUUGAUGACAGCUUUGCACACUCUUGGAAUUCUCUCAACCAACUUCAUGAGGAAUGCUUUUCCAACAGUCUUGAAGGAGUUCCCACAUAUGCUGAGCACUUGUUGGCUGCUUUUCCUUCACUCUGCAGUCCAACUCAUCCAAAACCAUCCCAAUUGGGUUGAGGUCAGGUGAUUGUGGAGGCCAGGUCAUCUGAUGCAGCACUCCAUCACUCUCCUCCUUGGUCAAAUUGCCCUUACACAGCCUGGAGGUGUGUGUUGGGUCAUUGUCCUGUUGAAAAACAAAUGAUAGUCCCACUAAGCCUAAACCAGAUGGGAUGGCAUAUCGCUGCAGAAUGCUGUGGUAGCCAUGCUGGUUAAGUGUGCCUUGAAUUCUAAAUAAAUCGGACGGUGUCACCAGCAAAGCAACCCCACACCACCACCUCCAUGCUUCACAGUGGAAACCAUGCAUGCAGUGAUCAUCCAUUCACUUACUCUGCGUCUCAAAGACAGUGGUUGGAACCAAAGAUCUAAAAUUUGGACUCAUCAGACCAAAGGACAGAGUUCCACCGGUCUAAUGUCUAUUGCACGUAUUUCUUGGCUCAAACAAGUCUCGUCUUAUUGGUGUCCUUUAGUAGUGGUUUCUUUGCAGCAACUCAACCAUGAAGGCCUAAUUCAUGCUGUCUCCACUGAACAGUUGUUGAGCUGUGUCUGUUACUUGAACUCUGAAGCAUUUAUUUGGGCUGCAAUUUCUGAGGCUGGCAACUCUAAUGAACUUAGCCUCUGCAGCAGAGGUAACUCUGGGUCUUCCUUUCUUGUGGCAGUCUUCAUGAGAGUCAGUUUCAUCAUAGCGCUUGAGGGUUUUUGCGACUGCACUUGAAGACACUUUCAAAGUUCUUGAAAUGUUCCGCAUUGACUGACCUUCAUGUCUUAAAGUAAUGGACUGUUGUUUCUCUUUGCUUAUUUGUGCUGUUUUUGCCAUAAUAUGGACUUGGUCUUUUACCAAAUAGGGCUAUAUUCUGUGUACCACCUCUACCUUGUCACAACACAACUGAUUGGCUCAAACGCAUUAAGAAGGAAAUGCCACAAAUUAACUUUUAACAAGGCGCACCUGUUUAUUGAAGGCAUUCCAGGUAACUACCACAUGAAGCUGGUUGAGAGAAUGCCAAGAAUGUGCAAAGCUAUCAUCAAGGCAACGGGUGGCUAAUUUGAAGAAUAUAAAAUAUACAUGAUUCCAUAUGUUAUUUCACAGUUUUGAUGUCUUCACUAUUAUUCUACAGUGUAAAAAAUAUAAUUCCCUGGAAUGAGUAGGUGUGUCCACACUUUUGAGUAUUAAAGUUUACCAAGUUAUUUCAUAUCCCAUUACUACAUGACCAAAAGUAUGUGGGGACACCUGCUCGUCAAACAUUUAAUUUCUAAAUCAUUGGCAUCGCCCUUCGCUGCUAUAACAGCCUCCACUCUUCUGGGAAGGCUUUCCACUAGAUGUUGGAACAUUGCGGCAGGGACUUGCUUCCAUUCAGCCACGAGCAUUAGUGAGGUCGGGCGCUGAUGUUUGGCGAUUAGGCCAGGCUCGCAGUCGGCGGUCCAAUUCAUCCCAAAUGUGUUCGAAGGGGCUGAGGUCUGGGCUCUGUGCCGGCCAGUCAAGUUCUUCCACACCGAUCUUGACAAACCAUUUCUUUAUGGACCUCGCUUUGUGCAUGGGGGCAUUGUCAUGCUGAAACAAGAAAGGGCCUUCCCCAAACUGUUGCCACAGAAUUGUCUAGAAUGUCAUUGUAUGCUGUAGCGUUAAGAUUUCCCUUCACUGGCACUAGCCCCGACCAUUAUUCCUCCUCCACCAAACUUUACAGUUGAGACUGCAUUCGGGCAGGAAGCGUUCUCCUGGCAUCCGCCAAACCCAGAUUUGUCUGUCGAACUGCCAGAUGGUGAAGCGGCAUUCAUUAUUCCAGAGAACGCAUUUCCACUGCAGGCAAGCUUUACACCACUCCAGCUGACGCUUGGCAUUGCACAUGGUGAUCUUAGGCUUGGGUGCGGCUGCUCGGCAAUGGAAACCCAUUUUCAUGAAGCUCCCGACGAAUAGGUAUUGUGCUGAUGUUGUUUCCAGAUGCAGUUUGGAACUCUGUAGUGAGUGUUGCAACCGAGGGCAGAAUUUUUACGGGCUUCAGCACUCGGUGGUAUCGUUCUGUGAGCUUGUGUGGCCUACCACUGCGGCUGAGCCUUAGUUGCUCCUAGACGUUUCCACUUCACAAUAACAACACCUACAGUUGACCGGGGCAGCUCUACCAGGGCAGAAAUUUGAUUUGUUGGAAAGGUGGCAUCAAACUCAGCAAAAAAAGAAACGUCCUCACUGUCAACUGCAUUUAUUUUCAGCAAACUUAACGUGUAAAUAUUUGUAUGAAUAUAAGAUUCAACAACUGAGACAUAAACUGAACAAGUUCCACAGAUGUGACUAACAAAUUGAAUAAUGUGUCCCUGAACAAAGGGGGGUCAAAAUCAAAAGUAACUGUCAGUAUCUGGUGUGGCCACCAGCUGCAUUAAGUACUGCAGUGCAUCUCCUCCUCAUGGACUGCACCAGAUUUGCUAGUUCUUGCUGUGAGAUGUUACUCCACUCUACCACCAAGGUUCCUGGACAUUUCUGGGGGGAAUGGCCCUAGCCUUCACCCUCUGAUCCAACAGGUUUCAGAUGUGCUCAAUGGGAUUGAGAUCCGGGCUCUUUGCUGGCCAUGGCAGAACACUGACAUUCCUGUCUUGCAGGAAAUCACGCACAGGAUGAGCAGUAUGGCUGGUGGCAUUGUCAUGCUGGGGGGUCAUGUCAGGAUGAGCCUGCAGGAAGGGUACCACAUGAGGGAGGAGGAUGUCUUCCGUGUAACGCACAGAGUUGAGAUUGCCUACAAUGACAACAAGCUCAGUUUGAUGUUGCUGUGACACACCACCCCAGACCAUGACGGACCCUCCACCUCCAAAUUGAUCCCGCUCCAGAGUACAGGCCUCGGUGUAACGCUCAUUCCUUCGGCGAUAAAUGCGAAUCCGACCAUCAGCCCUGGUGAGACAAAACCACAACUCGUCAGUGAAGAGCACUUUUUGCCAGUCCUGUCUGGUCCAGCGACAGUGGGUUUGUGCCCCAUAGGCGGUGCCGGUGAUGUCUGGUGAGGACCUGCUUUACAACAGGCCUACAAGCCCUCAGUCCAGCCUAUUGCGGACAGUCUGAGCACUGAUGGAGGGAUUGUGCGUUCCUGGUGUAACUCGGGCAGUUGUUGUACCUGUCCCGCAUGUGUGAUGUUCGGACGUACUGAUCCUGUGCAGGUGUUACACGUGGUCUGCCACUGAGGACGAUCAGCUGUCCGCCCUGUCUCCCUGUAGCGCUGUCUUAGGCGUCUCACAGUACGGACAUUGCAAUUUAUUGCCCUGGCCACAUUUGCAGCAUGCCUGAGGCACGUUCACGCAGAUGAGCAGGGACCCUGGGCAUCUUUCUUUUUUGUGUUUUUCAGAGUCAGCAGAAAGGCCUCUUCAGUGUCCUAAGUUUUCAUAACUGUGACCUUAAUUGCCUACCGUCUGUAAGCUGUUAGUGUCUUAACGACUGUUCCACAGGUGCAUUAAUUAUUUAUGGUUCAUUGAGCAAGCAUGGGAAACAGUGUUUAAACCCUUUACAUUGAAGAUCUGUGAAGUUAUUUUGAUUUUUACGACUUAUUUUUGAGACAGGGUCAUGAAAAAGGCACGUUUCUUUUUUUUGCUGAGUUUAUAUCCUAUGACUGAGUCACUGAGCUCUUCAGUAAGGCCAUUCUACUGCCAAUGUUUGGCUAUGGAGAUUGCAUGGCUGUGUGCUCGAUUGUAUACACCUGUCAGCAACGGGUGUGACUGAAAUCCACAAAUUUUAAAGGGGUGUCCACAUACUUUUGUGUGUGUUAUAUAUAUAUAUAUAUAUAUAUUUGCAAAUGGAAGCAUCUAAAAAGCUAGUUUUCCUAUUAAAGCAUCAGAAAAUCUGUCUUAUGUUCUGUGUCUGAAAUGUAAAUGACUGUCUGCCACCAUGCAAGAAGGCUUAUUGUGCAAUAACAUUUCUAUUGUAUGCCUGAAAAUUACGUUUUUAUUUUGUAAGGUAAAAAAAAGGGUAUUACAUUGAUUUUGUAUUAAUUUCACAAUGUUAUGGUUUCCUGUGGAAAUGAUUUAAAAUAAAGGGGCGGGCUUAACAAGUCUUUGUUGCUUGAUUGAUCAUUUCAGAAGUAAAGUAUUAUUUUACCACUCCCUAAAGCUGUCGCUUAAAAAUUAACUGGGAAGGAAAACUUUUAAAAUUGACCUUUCGCUAAACCCCGCCCCGUUUUGGGCAACUAAUAGCCUCGGACAAGCUCGCGUCACGUUUAAAUCGCAUAAAAGCCAGUGAGGGCUAUUGCAAAAACGGAGUUUUCUUAAGCUAACUAUUUGCACAGGGCACCAGGACUACUUGCUACUGUGAUUCCUGAAAUUCUCUAAUUAUACAUUUUACAUUGUUUGCUAGCUCAGCUGGUUAGCUAGCGCUGUCUCAUUGACCAGCAAUUGUUGGGAUUUUAUUAAGAAACAUUUUGGAAAUAAUGAGGUUUAGCCAUAAUUAUGACUUUGGCUGUGGUAACUAGCGAUGACCAUUUAAUAAGUUAUUUUCUCAAUGAAUGUUGGAAUUGAGCUUCCCUGGAAAAUGUCUGAGGUUGCAACAGUAACCAAGGGGGGUGGGGCUUAGUGAAGGGUCAAUUGAAGGUCAGAUGUAUAACUUAUGUUAGUAUAUUUUAUGAAUAAAGCUGGUCAAAUCGACUACAGUUAUGUAAUCCAUUGUUCAUAUGAAACAUGAAGACUCUUGAAACCCAUUAUAGUUAAAGCACUGUCAAACAUUUCCCUUCAAUGUAUGUGUUUCGUAUGGCUAGCUAUAUCAUGUGUAAAGCCAUGUAGAUCUAACACCUUCAUAUUACCUUUCACAUUUGUAAUUUGUUACAUUUCAGGGAUACUUUACAUUUCUUUUAAAUUAAAACCAAUUUUUUUGUACAUGAUUAAAGACAAUGCAAAUACUA